UCGGCCGCCACUCUCUCAUCCGUCCCUCUCUAUACAUGUGCUGCAGCUCUCUCGAUCCCUUUUUCGGAAGCGACAUUCAUCUCAACUACAACUACAUCUAUCGCGAGUGCGGCUAUACACUGUGCUGGGGGAUUUGGCGCUGGAUUAACCGGAGGCAAAUUUCAUACUUCCAGGGAAUCUUUGGCGCGUGUAUAGACAAAGUGACGGCAGCCAAUAAAGUUCAUUUUGGCUUCCCAGCUGUUUCCCUACAUCCAGCUAGCGGCCAAUUCCAUGGCACUCUUCCAUCAGCAUCCGCAAGAUUCCACCCUAUCGUACGAUGGAGGUUUCGGCUCACGGACAUGGUCGAACAUGAUGGUGAUGUGGCUGCUGUUGAUUUCUAUGGCUGUAAUCGGAUCCAGCGAAGCGGCCGGAACGAGGACGACAUUCGCCGGUAACCGAUUGCCCGACAUCGUGCCCGGUGUUCCCGGCGUUGACUAUCCGGUAGCGUCGCGCGUUCCCGCCACGCUUCGGUUCCAAUGCGACCAACAAGAUUACCCGGGAUUCUUCGCCGAUCCAGAAACUGGUUGCCAGGUUUUCCACGUUUGUCGUGACAACAAGAAAACGUCGUUCCUCUGUCCGAACGGGACGCUCUACCAUCAGCGCUUCUUCGUUUGCGACUGGUGGUUCAAUGUCGACUGUUCCAAAUCCGUUGGACUGUACCCGCUCAACAAAGAUGUCAUCCAACGGCACGAGCAACAACCUCAAGAUCGCCGACUGGAAGGAUCAACCCAACCGCAAGUCGCCGCCGCCGCCGAACGCAGUAGCAGUUCGCCGUAUUUCCAGGAGCCGACGCCGACGCCAUCUUUCGCUCGAUUCGACAAGCGCGAAGUGUCGGAACCGACGUUCCAGGAAUGGGCGUCGCGACAUAUUCCGCUGUCGAAACCAUCUGACACGGCCAACUUCAAGACGACUCGAGCCGGAACGGAUUGGGUUCCCGGUAAUCGACCGAGAGCUCCUGACGUCACGGUCCCGUUCUACGAGUCGCCUUUCAAAACACUGGCGUCCACUUCGGGGACUGACGUUAGCCGAGACCCGUGGUCACCCACUGUGACGUCGCCGUCCAGCCGAUAUGAGUCCUCAUCCGAUUACGGCCGCGAUAAUUUGAAGAGUAAAGAAGAGUAUCCCAUAUCAACGUCGUUGUUGCCGGAUAAGUGGUUGCUGCUGGCCCAGGAUCCUGACUUCCUUAACAAUAUCGCUUGGGGUGCACAAUUGCACAUUCUCAAUAAAACGAGAGGCUCGGGUUACCUGCGAACCAAGCCGAAUAAUAACCGCAAGCCAAUAAAUCAGCAAGAGCUGGAGUCGCAUCCGUUCCAGGGUUUCAGGUCAAACCCCACCAGCAAAAGUCCUUCAAAUGACCGUUCCAGUAUUCGUAUUGAACCCAAUACCCACCAAGAACGUCAACCCGAACGACAACCCGACAGACCAUCCGAGCGCCAACCUGAGCGCCAACCUGAGCGCCAACCUGAACGCCAAUUCGAACGCCAAUUUGAACGCCAAUUUGAACGCCAAUUUGAACGCCAAUUCGGUCGUCAACCGGAGCGUCAAUUUGAACGUCAACCCGAACAUCAACCCGAACGUCAACCCGAACGUCAACCUGAACGUCAACCCGAACGUCAACCCGAACGUCAACCCGAAAGACAACCCGAAAGACAACCCGAAAGACAACCCGAACGUCAACCCGAACGCCAGUUCGAGCGACAACCAGAACGUCAAUUUGGACGCCAACCUGAACGUCCUACACCUCCAUUUGUUCCGAGCUCUUUACUUAGCGUAUCGAAAGAACAACAGGAACAGGAGGAGAAGAACAGCAUCUACUGGAAACCUUUCCCGAGUACUAGUAAUCCAAAUUCAAUCGUUCACAUUUCCACCACUAGCCGACCCAUCCAGCUUCCGGUGAGCACCGCUGUACACUACAGCAGUCCUCCUAUCCGACCGGUUCAACAAAAGACGACGUAUGCGGCUCCGCCGAAACCUACUCCAACGACGAUCUAUGCCACAACGAAACAGCAGCCCAAAUUACCAUCACCUUACCAGGCAACCAAGACGACCGUCUACGUGAAAAAGCCCUGGGUCACUACUCCCGCCGGUUAUACUUACGGCAGCACCAAGCCGAAACAACUGAAGAAACAACAAUAUUACUACUCUACUUCAUCGGCUGUGGGUGCGGCCUCUUCUCCGUCCUAUCAAACAGCGUCCUAUCAGACGGCGGCGUACCCAACGGCGUACCCAACGGCGUACCCAACUCCCGCAUACCAAGUGGUCCUGACCGGCGGAUCGGAUUAUCAGGUGACCAGUGUCCUGACUCGACCUGCACCGCCAGCAGCGCGCUCACCUGCUCCAACAACAACCCAUCCGUUACAGCAGAAAUCUCCUGCGUUGCGGAAUACGCCGCUAUUAGUGCAGCCGCAGAAGUUAAUUCCGCUCUCAAUCUUGCUGCCGCUGGAGCCGCAUCCUUCCACCAAUCAGCAUCUGCCGUACACCAAUCAGAGAUCCCAGCAGCAGCCGGUCACUCGGCCACUGCAAACUGUUCGACCUCAGACACCGUGGCCGACUCAACCUUCCCCGAUCAUCAUUCCACUUCACAACAGUAGAAGCGACACUUUCCGGCCGUCGGAAUUGGUCAAAAUGUCCGUUCCGAUGCGGCCUUCCUUGUUACUUUCGUCGACCGGACCUUCCUCCAGUUCGCCUUUCGAGUUUGAACCGACCCAGCACCGCGAAUGGGAGUCGUCGGUCACGCCCACAGCAGCGUCAUCUUCCAUAAAUUACCAAACGUCCGCCAGCACUAAUAACAAUCACUUUGACACGUUCCCCCCAACACCCCAACAGGAUGGACGUCACAUUGCGACCGUUAUCACCGGUAAACUGAAACCGGUUAAUGUGUUUCCAACUGAAGCGACCGAUAGUGCCGGCAGCAAUAAUAGCGACGACAUCCGCUCGUUUGUCGUCCGGCCAAGGAACCCCAUCACGCUGGCCUCUUCCUCGGCUCAAUGAUGAUCGUUAAUGGCUCUGAUCGCUGCGCGUUGGGGCGAAAAACUGUUUGUGUAUACAUCACAUUAAGCCAUAUUAAUCGACACAUAAUCAAGCAGAUCCCUAUGUUAUUUGGCAGGGUAUAUAAUUUCAUGAAUCACUCACUCAUUCAUCAUAGUGUCGUUUUUUUUCCAUUGUUUCUCCCCACGAUUUUUUUCUAAAUAAUUCUCUUCGCUUUUUGAAAUGGUGAAUAAUGGAUUUCUGUUUGUUACAUUCCUGCAGAUCUUUCAAAUGAAUAAUAGGUCCCCCAAAAGUAUAAUCGGACGAAAAUCUGCACUUUAGACAAACACGGUGAAAAAGUCAUUCAUCCCAAUCCUAUAAAUACGUUUUGUAUACUAACUGAUGUUGUACUCUUUUGUCCGGUGUUCGUGAACUGUACCAUAUUAACUUUUUUUUAACGGCGUUUUCAAAUCUCCCGCGGUCUCUUCUCUUCCAAUUUAUUAACCAGUCGACCACUCUACACGCAUCGCACAACAAGCAUAAGAUUUUGUUUCCUUUUGUUAUUCCCUUUCUCUUCCUUCUUUCACUUUUUUUAAAAACCAAAUCGCUGGUUUUUUUGUUCUUUUUGGGUUUUUUUAUUUUUGAAAGUUACGCACUUAGCAGCACGUUAUUAUUAUUACUAGAGAGAGUUGUAGAACGACUUGCUCGCACAUAUAAAUAUACGCACAUAGUGACAUGCAGAACUAUUCCAUAACCUAUCCCAGACAGUAUUAACACACCCAAAAGUCUGUUCUAUAUCCCAUAAUAUAUUCCCAUCAUAAACGAGCAAGCCCCCGCUGAAAAUGAAUAAAUACACACAACAUUUUUCCGAGUCA